AUGAUUUUAAAAAAAUUAUUUUUUUUAGCACUUUCCGUUAUUUGUUCAUUUCAUAUAACUUCUGCGUAUGAUCAUGUAUGUGACUUCAAUGAAGAUAGACCCUUAACAUUUCCAAAAAAUCAAAAAGAUAAUCUUUCUAAAACAUGCAAAUUACAACCAUCCUUAAUGGAUAAAGUAAUUAUAAAAUGUGGAUCUAAUAGUUUAAAAUAUAAACUGAAUCCUCCAAAUUGCUUGCAAGAAGUUUAUGAUUCAAAUACAUUAGUGAAUAAAAAGAAAAUUCAUGAAAUUCUAGAAGGAGUUUCCAGUAUAAUGAUACGUAAUAACCCUGAAGUAGAUGUGAACGACGUAUCACUAAGAAUACCUCCAAAUAUUUUUGCAGAUAAAAAAAUUUUUUGUACAUGUGAACAUGAAAAAACUAUUAGAGUAAGAAGAAAUCAAGUGGAAAGUUCUAAAGUAAUAAAAUAUACAGGUAUUAUUGAAAUUGUGAUACCUACUUUGAAAGAAAAAAUUCCAGGUUGUGAUUUUACAAAAGAAACAUCUUCUUUAUUCACUAAUGGGUAUGACCAUACAGUAGAUAUAAAUGAUGAUGAUGAUAAUAAAAUUACAUGUAAAAUUCCUUUGAAAAAAAAUAUGUUGGUUGGUUUUAAAUGUCCUAAAGAUUCUAAUAUUAAACCUGAAGACUGUUUUAUAAAUGGAUAUAACACAAAUGGAAAAAUUCAGAAUCUACAACAAACUUUUGGUUUUACAGAAUUAGUUAUGGAUCAUUAUAAUAAUGUAUUUUAUGCCAAAUUUCCAGAUAAUUUAAAAAAAGAAGCGAGUUUUUUUUGUUUUUGUUCAUAUAAUGAAAAAAAAUUUGUUACUUACUUUUUUUUUGGAAAUGUAAAUAAUCAAAAUAUCACCAUUCCAGAAUUACCUGAUAAAAACUUAAAAUCAAAUAUCAGUUAUUCUGUAAAAAUAGCAGCCUCAAUUUUUUUUAUGUAUUUUGUUUCCUUUUUAAUUACUUUAUAA